CAGAUAUUGACGUCGUUACAUUUUUAAUUUAUGACGAUAGGAAUACUCACAGAUUGACCUGAAAGUGGAAUCAUAUCCACAUUCGAUUGCUAGUACGUUGUAUAAGAAGACAAAAUGAAGCUUGCUUUUCUCGUCUUAGCCAUUGCUGCUGCCUAUGUAGUGGGUGAUGACGAUUUCGGUGAUGCCAAAUGCUUCCAAGAGAAGCUGACCCCCUGCUUCGGUGGUAUUUAUGCAUCCAUAAUUAUCAGGGAAUCCAAAGGAGAAAAAAUCGAACCAUGUUCGGUCAUUCCUCAGGCAGUCAAAUGCUUGAGUGAUUCUGCUACAGCCUGCCAAAUAAAGCAAAGUUUCGAAGACCUAAAGAACACAUACACAGAAGCGUGCACAAAGGGGACAGAUCUCUACAAUAAGUUGGAAGCAAAUGAGGAGUGCAUAUCAAAGCAGACAUCCGCCUUUUCUUCUUGCGUGAAAGUGAAGACGAUCAAAGACCCUACUCCGGAGCAGGUUGUUGAAAUGCAGAAGGAUGUAUGCAGGCAAUUGGAUUCCAUCCCACCAUGCGUGGGUAAAGAAAUAGAAAAAGCUUGCGGGAAGGAUGCCGCUGAAGUUGCUCAAAAACUCAUCACACCACUCUUCAAACUAGCUGAGCCUGUUUGCGCUGAAAUUUUAAAAGGAGCAGCAUCUUCCAUUUUCGUGUCCUCUUACAGCAUCUUUUUCGCCCUAGCAGUUGCUCUUUUCAUUUGGAUGAGGCAGUAGAGACGCUCCUGAGUUACGUCAUUCAAGGAAGAAUCAAGGACAGAAUUAGAAAUGUAUUUAGAUGUCCUAAAUGACUUUUUACGAUUUUCCUUUCAAAGGCCGAGUGCUUGAUGUGAAAUCGGAAUGUUCACCACGAUAGCAAUUUUAAACUCUCACAAUAAAAGUAAAUAAAUAAUUAAUCUGUCAA